CCCAGGAGGCUGGCAGCAGAUUCCGAGGCUGUGUGGAGAGGGGAGUGGAACCCGAGUGCGGCCUGCUUAGAAGAUGGUGCCCACCAUGUUGGGGGCUCUGAACCCCAGCGCAGGGCUCAGCCUCUUCCUCCUGUACCUCACCUUGGCAGUGAGGGUUCUGAACCCCCAGCCCCUGAGGCCUAUUCUUGAGGAACUCCCAGCCUCCCUGGAGCUGUUGCAGCCAUCGUCUGACCUGGUGGACGACUACGGGAUCCGACCCAGGCAUCCGAGGCUGCGAGGGCCUCGGCCCUUCCUCUCCCAGGCCCAGCAGCGCAAGCGGGAUGGGCCAGACAUGGCUGAGUAUUACUACGAUGCCCACCAGUGA